AUUAUGACAGCAACAGUGGAGACGGUAUCCGAGCAACUGGAUUUGGCAGCUAUAAUACCAUCGGAAAAGGUGGUUACAGCCGUUGCGCGAUCCGUAACGCUGUCGGACGCGGACGUGGCCACGGCAACCGUUCAGAUUGCCAAGCCAACUAUUGUGGGUGAUUCCGCCGAAGGCUUAGAGGAGUCCGCCGAUUCAGAAACACAUUACGAUUUGGAGGAAGGAGAUGAUUUUUGGCACACAUCCGUAGGAAAAUUCAAAUUCACCAUCGAUAAUUUGCCACAGUCUUUACAGUACAUACAUCAACUAUUGAAAGAGAUACCAACGAUUGAUAAGCCUGACAUUUUGUAUUACACCCUUCAAUGUCUGAAGAUAAUGGUGCUUCAUGGCGAUGCAUUCACUAAGGCAGCGCGAGACGAUCGCGGAUUCUUCAUUUGGUGCCAAGAAAAUCUGCUGAUUAAAAAUUUGUGGGAUGUUUGUAACGCUGAACACUCUCAUAUUUGCGAAGUUGCGGUGCCAAUACUUCUACACUGUAUAACUUUACCCCUGGGAUCGGAUGUUUUCUGGAACGUCGUACAAGAUGCUUUCCAUGAUAGCGAUUGGCGUGUUCGUUUUAAAGCCGUAGAACGUGUAACAGUUAUAACCAGGUUCAUGGAUUCAACACCUCUGCGCUCAGAAAUCAGCCUGCAGGCAUCGCUAGCGACGGCAUUUUGUCAUCUGAUAGCAGCUUGUGACGAUUUGAAUGUGCAUGUAGCUCAAAGGUCAACUUUGUACCUUGGAACCAUUCACGACAAGGCGAUACAAGCUUUGAUGUAUUGCCUAGAAUCCCAAUUCGACAUGUUCAUAGUGGAUCGUCCAGUUGUGCUGCAAUCAGUAUAUCAAUUACACAACAUGUUAUCUGACAGAAAGGUACUCUCUUGGGAUUUUUUCCUGAAUAGAUUCGAUACACUGUUUGUAGAAGCACAAGUGAAUCUAGAGAAAAAUGGCGACAUUUCUCAUCUUAGAGAUUUGCGCAAUUCGGAGAACGGCAGUGAAAUAUUAUCCACUAAAAUCAACAAAGCACGAGAAGCAUUGAGUCAAUCAGAUACUUCUGGAAGUAUGUCCAAGACGUUGAGUGCUUCGUUUGGUACAAAAUGGCCGUAUAAAAGGACAAUGUCAGCACCUGCCACUAUUAUUCCCAGGCAGGAGUCCAAAAUAGAAAAAGAAAAGAUCUACAAUCGACAAGCUUCAGCACCAAUUUUUAAAAGGAAGAGUUCCCGAUUCGGAUUGGGUCAGUUUCUUUCAUCAGGAUCUAAUCAGAAUCAUUUGACGACUCCACAGCACACAUACUUACAAGCCCAUCCUCAACAUCACUCUAAUCAAACGCACAUUCACAAACCCCAACAAUCUAGCGCCCCUCAUAACGUACAACAAUCACCUCAAGCUCAUUCUCAUCAUGCCUAUUAUCAUCAACUCGGCGAGAGCCAAGGCUCGUCUAACCGACCAGACAAUUUAGCCUCCUCAUCUGUCCCAACCACUCCCAACCUCAUGUCUACCAAGCAGUACCAGCAAAAUCAGCAAUCAUUUUUCCAGCCAAAUUUCGCCACAUCCGCAACAUCGGGGGCGCAAGAUGGCCAUAUCCAUUCAAUUGGCGGUGCAGGUGACGAUUUCAACAUGUCUGGAUGUUUAUAUCGUGUAAUAGAUCUUGAAGAAGCCGAUAAAGAAACGAUUCAUCUCUUGGUGUUUUUACUGAUGCAAUUCAUGUCACGGGCAGAUUUGGCCUACCCUACAGAUGAAAAGCCGAUGGUCAAACAACAAUCCAUAGUUUUAAGGCAUCUUUACCUGCUUCUUGGAUAUAAUCAAACCGAAAAGCUUUUCCACAUACCACCAACACGACUUAGAACUUCGACUGUGUUCAACUCGUUUGUUGCAAAUUUGCCACAAGUUUUGGAUCAAAAUCACCUGAUGGGUUGGCUGCUUUUGCCAACAGUGAUUCAGGUCCUUUUGUAUGCACCGAACCAAGGAAACGGCCUUCUCCAAACUGGAACCGAAGCCAUUCCCAGUGUCUCCUACACAUUCUCACUAUGGUAUAUGGAAAUUCAAGUUCGUCGAAAUUGGUUGAUGUCUUUACUGGUUAUAUUGUACAAAUAUCAAUACAAUCAACCACCAUACGCUGAUCAGAUACAGAAUUUGAUAAGGAUCGUCAUAAAUUCUCUGGAAUCACAUUUCCACCAAUGCCGAAGGAUACCAGCCACCGUUGUAAUGGAUAUGCCUUCACGAUCUAGAGACAUGAGUCAACCAUCGCUAGGCACUGAUCAUGAUGAUAAAUUGCAGGAAACACCUCCAGCCAGCCCAUUGUUCACUUCGGAAGGACCAUCGCAUGGCCAUGGCCACUCUUCGAAGCAUAAACCUUCGAAAACCAAUCCUUUAGGAUUUCGCAAGUAUCCCGAUUCUAGCUUGGAAACUGAUGACACGGAAUCAGAACUAGUUGCCAUACCUGAAAGCGAUCUUUCCGACAGCACACUUCACUUGAGCAGUGCACCGAACUCCUUUGAUGAUACCGUUCAUUACGACGAUAUAUGCGUACCUCUGAAGCCUGAACAGGUCGCGAUUUCAACAAUAACAACUGGAGAAAAAGACGAUAAAACUGAGCUUUCCAAAAAACUACAUAAAAUUAUGGCGUCUGCUGGCGAAAAACCUUCUACAGAAUCUGUAGCCGGCGCUGUAUUGACGCACAAGGUAGCCCCAGCAACAGUGGCACAAAAGUGUUCCGUGCAGGAAGGAGUACGUAUGAUGGUCACUUCUUCGAUGCUGGGUCAGCCAAAAGCCCAAGCCAUUCUUAAUCCGCCAGCCAAUGUCCAGAAAGCUAUUGUCGUUACACAGAAUACGGCAGUCGCCUUGCCAAAACCUAAGGAAUCGACAGUUUCUAAAGUAGUAACUUGCUUCACAUCAAACCAACCAAAAACUGACGACGAAGAGUCCGUUGAAUACAAGGAUAAAAAGCAACAUACAGCGGAAAAAGCUAAGCCUUUGUCGAGUAAUCAUGAGUCAGCAUCCAAUUGGGCUGAACAGAGAUCCGUGUCACCUGCGCAAAAAACGCUAGGCCGUCAAAAACGGAUAAUCGAACCUAGCCUGACUCCAGCAAGCACUCCGAUAUCCAACAACGGUACACCCCAGAACACAGGAGAAGAAUCCUCCAAAAUGUUCCACCGAAGCGACAUUAGGAACUUUGAUCGCUCUCUCAACUACGCCUCUCCGGAGACACCUCUUUCAAAAAUGGACCUUAUGAUACCCCCGGCGACAGAAAAUGCUGAGACUUUGUUGAGUCCCAGAAGCAUUGCACAGCUGGAGAUUCCGACUCCGGAGCGCUUGUUGCCGAUAGGGCAACAUGGAAAAGAGGGAAUUUCCGCACUAGUGGACAAAGUGAGAGAAGUACUGACAAUUCCCGAUAUAAGUCAUCUAAAGCACGAUAGUCUUGAUAAGUCUGAUAGCACCGGAAGCAACAAAGAUGAUAUGGCCGUCAUCAGUAGUCGGGGUGCUUCUCCUCGCAAAUUGAUUAAGCAAAUAGCACUGGAAUCUCCUCCGCAAGCUGAGGAAGUGCACAGCACUAUACUGCGCAGUGUUUCGGCGGAUGUAAAAGCGGAACCUUCGACUCGCGAGGGAACCAGACAAACCAGGCAAAGACUACGCAAAGUAGGACCGUUUGCCAUUGGCUCAAUCAGUACAUCGGACAGUAAAAUGCGGUAUGCCGGAUCUUGGGCUCCCUCCAGCAAGGACGACUCAGAUGGGGAAGAUACUCAACCCGGCAGUAGCAGUUCUGAAAAGCCAAGCGCAUCAAGAAUCGGAGAUGAAUGCAUCUGUGAGCGAUGCUCAGAAUGUGGCGCAAUCAAAGAGGAAUAUACGGACGAAGAAAUGGGAAUUAUGCUAAUCAUUCUCGGCACGUUCAUCCAUCGAGAGCCUGCUCUUGCAGCACCCUUUCUACCAGAUAUUUUGACUAUAGUUUCAAGGGUUGCUCUCCAUUCUACCUUUCCGUGGCAAUGUGAAAGUGCCACCCAUCUUCCUGGAGGGUCACAGUCUGUCGCCCAUCAGUUUAUACGUUGCGUACUGCACCAGCUGGCUCCAAAUGGAGUAUUUUAUCAAAUUUUCUUGACACAAGCCAAUGAAACUGUUCGCAGAAAAUUCUACAAAAGCGUAGCUGUUAGUCUGAACGACUUUACGGAACUAAACCCAACCAGCCCUGUGCAAUUAUUGGUAGAAACUCUUAACUCUAAGAAAACGCUGCCAGUGGAUAUGCUUCCAAUCAUACUGAGAAAUUUAUCGGAAUAUCUACAAAGUAUACCUGUCGAUAACAUCAGCGGAAGUAUAUGGACAACUGCGGUGCAGGGAAUUGAUAGUCUUUUCCGAAGAAUUGUUUUCAUUUUACCGAGCCUUGAUGAAGCGGAUAACUUGCUGCACAUUAUGACGUCAAUCUUGAAAGUUCCGCAACUGUCGAAGAAUGUAUUAGAGCCAUUUUCAAAAAUCCUUAGUUACGGAAUACAAAAUCUCACUUUGUCACACAAGGUGUUGGUGGAUUUGUGCUACCUAAAUAACCGUGCGUUCUCAAAAGAACGUGAUAAACUCCAACUGUGCAGACAGAUGGUGUUUGAACUCGUGCAGGCUUUGAAAUUCAAAACAAAUAUCCCAGACAGUAAUCUCUUGCUGUUGGUAGGAAUUCUGCUACAGGACGCUGGUGGCGCUAUGCCACCAGGCGUAAUCGAAGAUUUACCAGAAACGUCUCCGCAUUUCAGUUGCAACAUAGCAGAAUGCAUGCGCCAAACCUAUCUGAACGAUGUAAUGGAAUUUUUAGCUGAUUUCCACACUCUCAGCAAAAUCAAGUUUCUUUUUACAUCACGACAGAAUUUUAAAAACGGUGGAAUCACAUCAGGAUUGAGCGAGGACACUUUGGGAGGCGUGCUAAAGGGGGCCGUUGCACAAUAUCUGGCCCUAGAAAUGUCUCGAGGCAAUUCCAGAGAUAACAG